GCCACUGUCACUGCCACAGCAUGACGGGCGACAAGGGCGACGACUGCAGCUCCGCCGCCGCCGCCAAGCCAAGCCUCUCGGACGAUGCACCGCCUGUAGCUUUGUACACGGAGCCUACGACAACAGCCCGCAGCGCGACCAGCUCGCCAGACGUUGCAGCCACCCAGCGCACGACGACUGCAACAUCGUCGGGCAAGCGUGCGCACAGCAGUAUGGCGACUGCUUCGCCCACGACCAAGAAGCCGCGCGUGGACGGUCUGCGCUGGAGCGUCUUGAAGUGCAGCAUGACGACGUCGGUCUCGAACGACAAGCAGACGAUGACGACCAAGAAGAUCAUGUCCGACUCGUGGAACUGCGUCAUGGCCGGGACGCCGGCCGACGUCUUUAGCAUCCGCAUCGACGCGCAAGGCCCCGACUCGGACGAGAACACGGACUUGUGGGUCGGUUUUUGCAAGGCCGGCGCCUUCAACGCGAACGGCGACACGACAGGCCGGUUCUGCAAGCUGCUGCGGCCGUCCCAGACGUGCGGGAUCGACGAGAUGGCGGCCUGCUUUGCCGACGGCGACGUGCUCACGUGCCACUACGACCGCGACGCAUCGCGCAUCUGGUUUGAAAAGAACGGCGUCGACGUCGGCUUGAGCUACGACGAGGUCGCGCCCGCCGUCCGGUAUCCGGUCGUCGUCACCAACUGCGACGCCGUUGCACUGACGCUCGUGCCGUCGACGGCGCCUGCGCCAAGUGAGUGUACGCCCUAGUGUUUUUCUUUCAAGCUAUACACAUCUAUCUAUCUGGGACGCCUGUCUCGGUGCUUAAAGUACUACAGCGUUGCUACUGGUA